ACUUCAUUUUUAACAGCUGAGAACUUAUCAGUAGUGUGUUUCUGUGAGAUACCAAUGACAUAGUGCCAUUCCAGCAUGCCCGUGUGUGGAACUAAACUGUCUAUUCUGGGAAUGGUCAUUUCCAUCUGGGGAAUCGUGCAAUUGUUUUUGCUGGGUUUUUUGUACCAAAACCGAGCCGUCGCUUUGGUGGAGGAUUUGCCGAAAUCGAUGCUGGACAAAGUGUACAACAGUUCCGAAGAAUUUUACGAGGAAGCCGACAGGACUUUUGAUGACUAUACUUUCCAAUGUUGGACCGCAGCUUGUCUCUACGUUGUUACACUUCUGUUUUCAAGUUACCAAUAUUAUGCUAACAAUCAUGUUGUAAUCGAUGAGUCUGACCUAUAACAGAAUACUUAAUCAGUGUACG